AUGAAAUUGUUUAUCGUUUUAGCUGCUGUCGCACUGGCGCAGGCUGCCAAACUAGACCGCGUGUAUCUUCCACCCAACGCUCGCGCGUCAGCGGGUUCUGCUAAUCUUCUUCAGACUCCUCGCCAGUCGUUUAAAAAUGGCCAGGCACAGAAUGAUUUCUCUAAUGCACCUCUCAACACAAAUGCCUACGCUCAGAACGCUUAUUCAGGUUUCGAUGGUCGUCCUGAACGUGCACAAGCUGCAUUAGAGAGAAAUGCUGCUAUUCUUCGCCAGGACAACUCAAAUGAUGGAGAAACUUACUCCUAUGCUUACGAGACUGAGAACGGUAUUUAUGCUGUAGAAAACGGAGUAGCGUCUAAUGGUGUCCAAGCUCAGGGCGAAUACUCUUACACUGGUGAUGAUGGCAUAGUCUACUCUAUAAGAUAUACAGCUGAUGAAAACGGAUUUGUCCCCCAAGGUGAUCACAUUCCUACUGCUCCUCCUAUUCCUGAAGAAAUUAUGAGGGCCCUGGAGAAGAACGCUGCUGAUGAGGCUGCUGGUAUUUACGACGAUGGAUCUUACAAUGAAGCCAAAUACACCGCCGCUGGCAACAAUCAACAGCAGUUCUACAAUACUAAUGCACAGUCUGUGAACAACGAUGAUAACUCCGUCGUCAUCAACUCGGCUACACGCAGCGGAGCUGCUUACAACAGGAACUCCUUGGAAAAGACCUACCUCCCUCCAUUAAAUAGGGGUAACGGAAACUUCAAUUCUAGAAACGGUUAUAACUAUUAA